AUGUAUGACAUCACCACCACCAUAUUCACCAGCACCACUUCCUCCGUGUCCAGCAUCUCUACCGCAUCCACCACGAGCCGAUUUCAGCUACUCCCGCAGCACCCCAGCUCAGAUCCGUCAUGGAAAACUACAAGGAGGAAGGUCACCUUGUUCUAUGGUUAUCUCACCUUUGUAAUAACGAUCCUCUUUAUCAUCAUACUACCAUGCUGGAACAGGAUAUCUAACUACCUCUACUACAAAUUCCUCCAAAUCAGUAGAUGGCUGAGACUCAACCCCAAAGUGGCGUUCUUGCACGUCAAUCCGAUGUCCGCCCAGAUGAUCAUUUUCUGGUCGGUAAUAUUGUCUGUCCUUUCUUUAUGCCAGUCAAACAUGGAUCUCCGCUUCAUAGCGGCCAGACUAGGAAGAGUGCCCGUGUAUUGUCUACCGACAGUUCUCUUUUUGACCCUAAGACCCUCCCCAUUGAGUGAUGUUCUAUAUUUGCAGCUAUUACCAAUUCACAAAUGGCUCUCAAGAAUUGUCAUUUUACAAAGUUUACUACACACGUUAUCAUAUAUAUAUCUAAUGAGCAAAAGUGGCUCUCUCGACAAACUCAAUCGUUUUGACAACAAGAAUGGAGUUUACGCCAUGUUGGCAUUCAUGGUGAUUCUGAUCACCUCGUUACCUUUCUUCAGAAGAUCAUACUACAAAUUUUUCUUCAUAAACCAUUACAUAUGCACAUGGAUAGCCACAAUAACACUAUACCUACACGUGAGACCUGGAAUACCCUAUUUGACAGCUUUGAAUUGCUUUAUUUUGAUCUAUCAAAUUUAUUACAAGUUCAAGAUGACCAAAAUCACUACAGUCUCAAUAAUGAAGAUUUCAGACUUGAUGGUCGUCGCAGACUUCCCAAAUGAUGCACUUUCAGCAAAACAUAAUCUACCUGGUUGUCACAUCAGAUUGAUAGAUUUUGAUGAGUCUCACUCUAAGCUUUGGAAUUAUUUGAAAAUGAUAAUUGUUCCUAUUCAACAUCCCUAUACCGUUGCUUCUUUAGCGGUCGAUAAGUCUCAAAAACUAAUAAUCCGAAUAGGUAAUUACAAACUGAAGGACCACCACAAGUAUUUCAUAACCGGCGCUUACUUGCCCCACUUGUCUUUCAUUCAAAAACUGUCAACGGCUAAUUCCAGCAUGUCUAACCCCUUUUCUAUGAUUCAUAAUCCCAACACGAACAAUAUGAAUUCCUUAUUGGUUUCCACAAAAGUAAAAAAAUGUUUGAUUGUAGUAGGUGGCUCUGCAAUCAGUUUUGCAUUACCAAUUUUGAGAGUAUUGAACUAUAAUGGUUCAAUGGUGAAAAUCAUUUGGGUCAUCAGAGAUCAUGAAGAUUUGAAAGUGUUGGACUAUUUCAAAAAUUAUUUGAUUAAUGACGAUUGUAUAGAUAUCUUCAUCACUGGUAAAUAUACAAUGUACGAGAAGGAGAAUUUCAAAGAAGCGUUGUCGGAGUUGCAUAAGAAGAAGCAAGAACUUGAACUACUUCAAGAGACUGAAAUAUUAAGCGGAGGGUAUUCCUAUUAUAAUAUCAAUGAAGACCGAAUUAACAGCGAGAGCGAUCAUCAAAAAUCCCCAGUUGAAGAUGCUGUUUCUUUUUCUUCCUCCAAUAAAUCCAUGGAUUUGAAAUCUAACUUUGAUAGUGAAAUGGAGACAUCACCAUUGAUAGAUCACAACUCUAAAAAGCCAUCUUACGGUGCUUCAACUUUGCAUCCCGAAUUUGACAGAUUCCAUCGGAAAAGUUAUAUCGAUUUUAAGAAUCACAAUCAAAAAAUUUCAACCUCUUAUAAUGAUGAAACAAUUGAUAUUGAGCUACAUGAAGCUGAUCGGAAAGAUAACGCAAGAAAUCUCUCAUUGAAUACGAUGAUACCAACAUCAUUCACUUCACCUGUUAAUCACAAAAUAUUACCGGGAUCAGCUUCAAUUUCAACAGCUUCGGCACUCUAUGAUGAUCUUGAAGACUAUUGGGUUUUGAAGAGCUCCUAUUCGCAUAUAGAGUUUGGUAGACCAAAAUUAGGACUACAUUACUACAGUUGGUGUAUAGGAUCAUCGUGUAUCGGUCCAUUAGUGAGUUUGCAAAGUGGGCAAUCGAUUUGCUAUAAUAUCAGGGAAGAUCCAAAAGCCCGUUUUAAGGACAGAAAUGGAAAGCCAGAUGAUUCCAUUUGGAUCAUUGGCGCUGGGCCUAGCGGUUUGGUCGACAAUGUUAGAUUAUGGGCAAAUGAUUGUGGUUUCAGUUUUCAUGAGGAAAGCUUUAUCGUGUAA